AUGUACUUUGAUUCUGACUUAGGUCGUUUUGAAAACGCUGUUUCCCGUUUAUUCGACGGCUUUUGGAGUGAUCUUGACGUUGCAAAGCGUGGUGGAAAUACUCGUGGUAAUCGUAAUAACAAUUGGCGUCCUCUAAUUGACGUUCAUGAAAAUGACAAAGAGUUUACUAUUUGCGCCGAUUUUCCUGGCUUCACAAAAGAUAAAAUUAAUAUAGACGUUCGCGACAAUGCUCUAGUCAUUUCUGGUAAACUUGAACGAGAUGAAAAGUAUAAAGAAGGAACCACUCAUAUUCAAGAACGUCGUUAUGGAACAUUUACUCGUACUUUAUCGCUUCCUUCAAAUGUUAAAGCAGAGAAUAUAAUUGCUAAGUUUGAACAUGGAGUUUUAGAACUUAAACUUCCAAAGUCUGCUCCUACUGGAAUGAAGAUUGCUGUUCAGUAA